AUGGUGACAGACGAUGAAGAUAAAGGACUGGCCAUUGUCACUCAGAGCGGAAAAGAAGUAAAAGGUGGUGUGACAGGUAACAAAGAAGAGCACACGCGGAAUGAAGGGAAAAAUAUAGAGGAAGAAGAGAUAACCAUUCCUCAUGACAUUACAAAGGAACCACAAAGUGAGGAGGAAAAGCACAAGCCAUUCCUAAAAGCCAAGCAGCCUUUACCUAAAAUAUCCCCUCCAUUUCCUCAACGCCUCAAGAAAAAGAAUGAGGACGAGAAGUUCAAGAAGUUUCUAUCGGUAUUCAAGACCUUAUCGAUUAAUCUCCCUCUAGUUGAAGCAUUGUUAGAAAUGUUGGGUUACACCAAAUUCAUGAAGGAGUUAGUCACAAAAAAAAGGAGCUUGGAUUUUGAGACGAUCGAAGUCUCUCACAGUUGUAGUACAAUUAUGAAGAAGGAGCUGAUCGAAAAGAAAGAUGAUCCUGGAGCAUUGACCAUCCUGUGUACUAUAGGCAUGCUCAAGUUUGCAAAAGUCUUAUGCGAUCUGGGAGUAAGUAUUAAUCUAAUGCCUUAUCAUAUUUAUAAACAACUCGGGUUGGGUGAACCACACGCUACAACUAUGAGACUCUUGAUGGCUGACAGAUCGAUCAAACACCCAAUGGGAAUACUUUAUGACAUUUUGGUUAAGGUUGACCGAUUUAUUUUUCCGGCCGAUUUUGUCAUACUUGACUGUGACAUAGAUGCCGAGAUUCCUAUUAUCUUGGGGAGGCCAUUCUUGGCAACUAGGAAAGCGUUGAUGGAUGUUGAGAGCGGGGAGCUGAAAUUUUAG